AUGGCUCCGUUAAAAUUGAAUACUAGUUCACUUCUUUUGAUAAUAUUUAUUUCAUACAGUUUAUCGUAUGUACCACCACGUAUGGAAAUGAAACGUCUUUCAAAUAUACCGAUUAUAUCAUCAUGGGAUUCUAAUUCAGAUUUUUUAUAUAAUUAUAAUAGUGCUCUCAUGCCAACAGUAAAUGAUUCUAACGCAGUUGCACUGCUAGUUCGUGUACAAAGUUUGCGUAAUGAUUCAAAAACCAUCUACGAUGUCGGUCCAAGUAAAAUAGCAUUGAGUCGAAGUAUAGAUAAUACUUAUCUUAAAUAUACGCAUAUUAGUCAACAAGAUAUACUCAUCGAUAAUGAUCAAGAAUAUCAAUCAAUUGGAACCGAAGAUCCUCGUAUUGUAUUGUUUGGUAAUACUUACUAUUUACUAUAUACAGCUCUCAGCAGUGACUCACAAGGUAUAUGGCGUGCUCAACUAGCUUUAGCCACAUGUGAACUUAAUUGUUUCAGUAAAUUAAAUUGGAAAUAUUAUGGUCCCAUAUUUCCGAAUGUAUUUUGGAGUAAAAGUGGUAGUUUAUUGGUUCACAAUGAAACUCAUCGCUAUUUAUUUUUCAAUGAUUCCAAUAUUGCUAUAGCACUUACAAAAGAUCUUAUUCAUUAUGAUCUUUCAUCUAGUUUCCUUCUUAAAACUCGACCUGACCAUUUUGAUUCAGCACUUGUCGAAGCUGGACCUCAACCUUUAAAAUUAAGUGACAAUAAUUAUUUAUUUCUUUAUAAUUCAGCACGACAUACAACGAUUCCAAAUCUGAAACCCAAUUGGAAUCUCCAAUAUAAUUUAGGUUGGGCAAUACUAAAUGGAGAUGAUCCAACACAAGUUUUAGCUAGAAGUGAACAACCAAUUUUUUCACCAGAAUUAGAUUGGGAAAGAUGCGAUACUCAAUCAGGAGAAUGGGCCAAUCGUGGUCUUACACCACUUGUUAUUUUCAUUGAAGGAUGGAAAAAAACAGAUGUAAAUAGAUUCUUGGUUUGGUAUCAAGGAUGUGAUUCAACGAUGGGAUUAGCUGAACUUAGAGUAUAUUUCUCAUAA